AUGACAGAUAGUAGUAAUAAUAUAUUCUAUAAUUCAAUCAUUGAGAUUGGACCUGAACCGUUCGCCAAACAAGUGAUUGAUCGUUCAAAGUCAGAACCAGGAAAGGUGUUGGAGACAUGUCUUUCAAUGUUAAAGUCGAAUCAAGAUCAGAUAAGUACAUUGUACAAUGACUUUACCCAACUUGAGAGGGAAUAUUUUAAGGACUUGGGCUACCCAGACUUAGAACUGGGUUUGUUGUAUAAGGAGAAGCAAGCCCUGAUUGGUCGAGUCAUCAUUGAACCAAUUGUAAAGUUAGCCUUCACUGGUGCUACCUACUCUGGCAAGUCGACUCUGAUCAGCUCCCUUCUGGAUGGCUUACCAUUACCCACUGCAAGAUCACGCAGAACAGGCAGAUUCACCGUCAUUAGGUAUGCAGAGUUGGAGAAUGCCAAGCUCUACUUCUGUCAUCUCAACACCGAGACAUCCAAACUGGAUCCAGAUGGACAAGUCAUCUCACUCUCACAGUAUCCAACAACAGAGUCAUUGAGGCCUGUCCUGGCUGAGCAUCUUGGAGGUGGCUAUAAAUCAAAGGGUGAGGAGAUUGACGAGAACAAGGCGGCUGUCACUCAGAUCGGUGUCAUCGAGUAUCCAAUCUCAUUGCUCAAGAGUGGAUUGGAGAUCUAUGACUUACUGGGCUUUUGUUAUGGUGAUAAGCCAUGCAUCAAAGAGUUGCGCCAGUCCAUCAUCAAACAUAUCAACCCGCAUGGUAUCGUCUUCUGUUACUCCAACCCAGCAUUCGAUAAGGGUGAGACCGAAGCCUACAAUGAUCUGAUACGUUCGAGAUGGGGAGAUGACUCUGUGCAAACGAACAUCUCUAAGACAUUCUUUGCCAACACCAUGUUCGAUCUAUUCUAUUUCCUGUAUGAUAUUGGCCUCAGCGUCGAGGAGAUGACGACCGACAUGAUCGAGAAGGAGGAAAAGAAACGAUUUGAUAUCCUACCCAAGGAGAGCAGGGAGGUAGCCUACAAAUACUCGUUGGUAAAUGCAAUUGAUCUUCAUUGCCGAAUUGAUAAGGAUUAUAUAGGUUGUGACGAUUUUAUCUUCCACCGUUUCCUGGAGAGACUGGCAACAUGGAUCGUGUCAUUGCAUCAACGUAGAUAUGCCAAGUCUUGUGAUGGGAUUGCUACAGGUUGCAACUCAUUCUUCGAGAGCUACAACGGCCUCCGAUUAAGGAUAAUUGGAAGGAUUGCCAAAAAGUCCUGGCUCGACAAUGGCAUAGUCGCACUCGAGAAUCUGAGGCCGAUCCUUCUGUCAAUGAUUGACACUACCCUCAAGAGUACAAUGCAGCACUUUGAAGACUUCUUGCUGGAGAAUGACCUAUACAACAAGGCAAUCGCACAGGCCAAGUCGAUCGUGCACCCAGAGUAUGCCAACGUCUAUGCUGAAGUGUUCAAGAAGGAGUUCAUGCCAUGGUUCAAUGUGAAUGUCCUGACACCAUUCAUCGAUGUGAUGCGGGGUCGUAUCAACUCAACCAUGGAGAGGGCAAUGAAGAUUGUCUUUGACAGUAAAGAGGACGACACUAUUUGGAAAGCAAUGGACAUCAUUCAUCAGUCAUUCAUUGCCAACUUCAAUGAAUAUAUCUCGACCGAAAAGAUAGUGAUCGGAUCAGUUGGUGGAAUCAUCCCAUCAAUGAUCUCACUUCUGGUUGUACCAAAGAAGAUUGAUGACGACUUCAAGGUGGAGCUGACCAACAAAGUAUUCAACAAGAUUAGACUCCAGGUCAAGGCAAUGGACAUGCGCACCAAACUUGCAGAGACGAUCAACAAAGCCAUCGACUUACUCAGGGAUUACAUUCCAAAGCUACUCGAACAACAUACGAUGUUGCGCCAAAAGAUGGACUUGAUGAGCAACAUGACAGAGUACAAGACCAAGUUUGGAAUCAUUGGGGCAGAAGCCUUAUCCGCUCUCAACAACGUGAUGGAUCCAUCAUACAGGCCAGUGAAACUCUCUACAGUUGACCAAGAGGGUGGGUACACUAGUGCAGCGGGGCGAGUGUACAAGGGCACGCUCAGGGGCGAGCCAGUUGUCAUCAAGACAAUGCCAUUUAGCAUCAUGAUUGGAGAAGCCGACCAGAUAGCAGAGAGCAUGUUCUUUGAAGAGAUGAAUAACAGCUACCAACUCACCAACAGUAUCAGAUCAUCCAAGUACCUGCUUCCACUGCUUGGUGUCUUCAACGAUGUGACCAAGAUGGAGUGGCAGGUUGUCUAUCCACUCUACGACUGUAAUCUGUUCAAAUACUUGCAUCGAAGGAUCACUCAAGGUAACUUCCUCACAUGGUCCGAGACACUGUCCAUCGCCUUCGACAUUGCGUCAUGCAUUGAACUGCUGCACAAGUAUUACAUUAUUCACCGCGACAUCAAGCUUGAGAACAUCCUCAUCAACUAUGACAAGGAUACCGAGGUGAUCACUCACCUCACUCUUUGCAACUACGGUGCCAACACCAAUGCAGUCGCACGUUCACCCGAUAUUAAGAGCAAUGUCGAUGACUACACAAUGGACACAGAGUCAGUUGAUAUCUAUUCACUCAGUUGCAUACUCUACGAGUUGAUUCCAAGGAAUACACUCCAACGAUCACACAAUGGUGACUUCAAACACAUCAAUGAUGCACCUGAUCAGUAUCGCCAACUGAUAAUGGAUUGUGCCCAAAUUGAUCCAAAUAUGCGACCAAACAUCAAUUCCGUAAAGGAGACUCUAUCAUCCAUUGUUCUGUAA